AUCAUUCCUCUGUAUUUCAACAACCCCCAUAUUGGUAUAUUUCAAUUUCUUACAUAUUAAACCUUUAAAAGAAUAAUUCAUUCUAUGAUGUUAUGUUUAUAAUUAACUUCUCUGUCCAUAAUGCAUUUCAGGUAUUACUGGUACCAGCCAACACACCUUCACCAAACAAACAAUUGUCACGCAAUGGCGAGCAGUGCUGCAAAGGAAUCUACAUUGCCUCUAGCAGCCUCUGCAACCCCAAAAAAUGAAGAAGACACUCACAAGAAAAGACGAUUCCAUAAGGUCCUAGCUUAUGUUCCUACAGAGAUAAGAUUGAGCAUUCCCCCAAUCCUUUCCAAGCUAGGCAUAUACUUUGGUGUUUACCUUAGUCUGGGCACUGCAAUCUUCUACUGUCUGGAGGACGAAAUCAAAGGGAAAAAAACAAAUGAUUUGAUUGACUCUCUCUACUUGUGUGUUCAAACAAUGACCACAGUUGGAUACGGAGACCUUGACCCUGAUAGCUUCCUCGCAAAGACUGUAUGUAGUGUCUUUGCCACGGUAGGGAUGUAUCUGGUGGGAGUGGUGGUGAAGCUAGCAGCAAGCUACCUGGUGGAGAAGCAGGAGGAUAUGCUGAUUCGAGCCCUCCACCUGUCCCAGAAAAUUGGCCCUGUUGAUGCCCUGAAGCAGAUUGAAACCACCAAGAUAAGUUACAAGAAGUGUUAUAUAUCAGCAGCAGUGAUGUUGGCACACAUGUUUAUUGGUAUCUUUAUGCUGAUGGGCAUAGAGAAAAUGGAUUUCCUGGAUGCAGUCUACUGUACCUCCACCACCAUGACCACCGUUGGUUAUGGAGAUGAAAGCUUCUCAACUGCCCUUGGCCGCCUUUUUGGGAUUGCCUGGAUAUCCUCUGGAACUACCUCUUUAGGCCAGCUGUUGCUCUACCUUGCAGAGGCGUAUGUAGAAGGCCAGCAGAUUGAAGUAGUCAAGUUAGUCCUUUCCAGGAGGAUCACAAACAUUGACCUGGAGGCAGCUGAUCAUAUUGGCAACAAGGAAAAGCUAACCGGGGCCACGGAUUCCAUUCUCCAGAAGCUUAAAGAGAUGGGGAAGAUCAGCCAGGAUGACAUUGCACUCGCAUCCAAAGAAUUCCAAGAUGUUCCACCUUCUCAGAAGAAUUGAUCCCAACUGGAAAGAUGUGCAUGCAAGUUAGGGAGUUAGAGAGCUACUUAUGAUGUGAUAAAUAUUUAUAUCAUGUAUUUCUGUGUAUGUACUUUCAGCCUAUGGCCUUCCUGAGGCUGAAGAAGGUGUUUAACAUCCUUGGAACCCCAUAAAAUAAAACUUGGCUAGGAGCAAGUAUUUUCCUAUGCAUGUUUCAAUAUAAAUUGUCUCUUAUGUAUCACAAAUGGGAAUUAUGUAGAUGAUUAUUGUGAUAAAGAUCGAUUUAUAUA